CCAAAACCUAAAUGGACGAGCAAGAGUGCACUCGCGCCGCCGUGCUUCUGUCCGUGUCGUUCCUGUUAAUCUUCACAUCAUACAAUGGCAUCGAAAAUCUGGAGACGUCCAUCAUCCGAGGCGAAUGCAUCGGAUGCGUCCAUGGAAGUCCGACCGGCAUAUGCCAGUCGGGUGAUGUUUGCCAAGACAAAGUCAAGUAUUCUUGCGACGACGCUUGCGAGCUUCCAUUUAAAGAAUGCACAUCAUCCCUUGGCAGUACCAUUCUCGGCGUGAUCUACUUGACCUUCAUGUUGAGUGCUUUUUUGGGCCCGCUUCUUCCAAACUAUUUCGGCCCGAAAAAGAGUAUGGUCGGUGGCUCCAUUGCUUACGGAUUGUUUGCCUUUGCAAAUUUGGCGGUCGCGUCUUCUCCGUCCAAUGUUUCGUUGCACUGGUGGGUCAUGCUCCCCGUUGCGCUGCUACUGGGGGCGUCAGCGUCAGUGAUGUGGAUUGCGCAGUCCAGCUACUUGACGCAGGUGAGCGUCGUUUACGCGACGAUCAAGCACGAACCUGCUGUGAGUUCCAUGGGCAAGUUCAACGGCCUCUUCUUUGCCAUUUACAAAUCCAGUCGCGUGACGGGCAACCUCAUUUCGUCCGUCGUGUUGGACUACCUUGCUUGGUCCACUACCACGUUGUUUAUGGUGUUCACGUGCAUUGGGCUCUGUGGCACGGCGUUGCUGUGCUUCUUGCCCACCGUGGGAGCUGCGCCAUCUCGUGACAUGCCUCUUCAUCCACCAACCCGAGUCUCGUUCAAAGCCCUCAAAGCCAUGGCCCUGGACAAGAGGAUGCUCGCCCUCGCGCCCGUGUUUAUCUUGAACGGGCUGCAACAAGGCUACGCCACCUCCGAGUUCACGUCCAAUUUUAUCCGGCCGUCCCUCGGCAGUUCCUCCAUCGGAUACGUCAUGGCAGUGUUUGGGGUCGUCAACGUUGUGGGCUCGUACACGUUUGGAAAAGUCGCAGACAGAGUUGACCCUGUGACGGGGCAUGCGGUGGGAUACAGUGCGUUGGUUGUUGCCUACGUGCUUAGCAUCGUCACGACCGUGUCCAAAUGCGACGACCAGUGGGCGUUGGUUGUGGGCAUUGCCGUGUUGCUCAGUGUGGGCGAUGCAAGCUCGACUACCCUGGCCAAAGUUGUGCUGGGCCAAGAGUUCCCAUCGGACGCAGUGAAUGCGUUCUCCAUAUUCACCAUUUACCAGUCGGGAACUGUGAGCGCUUCGUUUUUCCUGCUCAAGUACUUGAGUUUCCACACACGCGUCGUCGUGCUCAUCGGCUCGACGGUGGUGGCGACCAUUGCGUAUUUCGUUUACACGGUGCGGUUCCGCCGUGUUGCUAGGGCAGGGGCCCUUCACGACGUGCUGGAAAGUUAACUAUGGUAGCAUGACAAGCAGGGCGGCGUGAACUGCCGUAUCUUGGAUCACCGAGGGGUCGUAAGUUAGUACUAGUACUAGUAGUUACUUUCGGGGAGGAUUACAAUGUACUGUAAUCCUACUAGUAUCGGUCAUUAACAUGCCAAGGUGCGCUGAGCACACCCUAGCCAUGCUACAGCG